AUGGUCCGAGUAUUUCGGAGACCUGCCUCGGCUUUAGCCAGGCGUGUUCCAAGUAGGGCCACCAAGCGGACUCUCCGAAAGCACAAGGUGAUCCUUGAAUCUAUCACACAGGAGAAAAAGAAGCUUCGGAGUGUUAUAUCGUUUGAAGCCAAAGCACCACCCGGCUACACUUUCAUUCCCGCAGGCAAUCCCCAGCUCACAGGUGCGUGUAAGGAAUUAUGCCGGAAAGACGGUCUGAAAGUCUACGCUGUCACGACAACUCCUCAUAUGCACACCCACAACCUUUCUCAACAUGUGCACCGCAUUGGGUAUCAUUUUCCAAGCGCUGUUGUCGCAACAGUGUGUAUGGACCUGGGUUUACAUCUUACAGCAACUGGAAACGUAAUGCCUGUUCACAGCACAGCUGCUGCUAGUGAAAGCAGACAUGCUAACUCUGAGGUUUCACAAAUAACAAUCAACACUGAGGCUAGGGACGUGCUGAGAGACCUCUUUCCAAAUAUACCAGACAACGAUCUGAAUCAGAUCAUCAAGACGGCGUUCCAGAAGGGCCAACGCAAAGUCGGUACGGCUGUUGAAUUACCUCUAGCACGUCGGGCACAAUUAGCCGUCGUUGCACAUAUAAGGCAUAUCUACACUGAUUAUGAUCGUCUUCUGAAGACAACAUCGUUUCACGAAGCCCGAAGCGCGGUCGAAGAGCCCACUCUAGCAAAGUUAGUGGAAUGGCGAGGUGACGAUGAAAACGGAAAGACAGUUCUUGAGGAUGUUUUUCGCGAGGUCAUUGUGAUAUCUGAUGAUGACGACAGUGAUGUCGAGGAAGGAGAGGUCUCUCGUUCGGUCAAUCGAGAUCACAGCGUAGAAAUCAUCUCUAGCCACCCACGAGCAGAGGAACUGCAGACGAGGCCGGUCAACUUCGCCCACCCAACCGUGCGGGAAUCGCAUUUGGACAUCUCAGAUGAUGAACCUCCGCCUGGUUUCCGUUUCAUUCCUGAAUCGCCGAAAAGGCAGCGGGUCGAUCGUCGUGGCUUCAGCAGAUAUCAUGCUUGGGACCGUGCCCUCAACCGAUACAGAAAUGGGACUUACCAACAUAGGUUUUACACAGACUCCACUGGCCAGCGAGGGCCUUUGUUGACCGCACGACAGCCCGUGCAGGAAAGUAUCACAUUAGACCCAGGACCUGCCUCUCAUCGAACCAUAAGAACACUCCGCCACGUCUCUGUUGGCCCACACAUUGCAUCCAGGGAAAAUAUCCUUGACCAUGAACGAAAAAGAACUCUGAUGCCGCCGUUGAUGGAGAAUCGUGUAAGUUUGCAGGAAACAGAGGCCGAGCGGUCGGGCCUCGAGGACGCACAGAACACCCAUCCAAGGCCUCGACUGAUACCUCAUGAGCCAUCCAAUCCGGAAACACCUGUGCAUUUACAAAAUCAGAGAAGUGACGCUACUCGCUUGGCGAAUCGAGCUUUGGUGGAACAAGUUUCAGCUGAUCAACAGAGAGCGCGUUUGGACCAACGGCUUAAUUCCCCAAAUACCCCUGUCUUCGUCGGUGGUCCCACGGAGAUCCAAGGACGGAGCAGAGUACCAUCCGGCGCUAUGUCAAGAAUCCCGGGCCUUCCAUAUCUUGGAAUGCAGCCGAGUCCACAGGAUCACGUAUUACCCUCUAUUGAGACCCCGCCUUCGCCCCAGCAAAUAAGGCGUCCGCCAAGUGCCCACCUAGAUCAACUUACCAGGAGGAUAUCGGGAGGAUUCACUAUUCGUUCAGUAACACCUCGCCGCCCCGCUCCGCAAGACUCAUUGCCUCAAGGAGAAUCGGAUGUUACUUGGAUUCCAGCGUCGAAAAGGAGACGUGUGGCCAACCAAGACCCUGCUACUUACAUUGAGCCUCGCUCCGAUGUCGUGCCCAUGCUUCCUAUGGAUACUCAUGCGAAACAGCAAGUGGGCCUCCAAUCCGUAGGAGAUACAUGGUUCCAGUCAAAUCCUCUUACCUUGCAGAGCGCUAUCCAGAGGGAUCUCAAGAUCCUUCUGACUAUGCCACACAACCAGUUCCAGAAGUCGUGGUUGGCCAAAGGCAAUAUUCUAACUUUCAAGGCAGAUCAACAGCCUGGGAGCAUCAGCCGAAGCACCAGCUGGAGCAUUACCCGGAGCUAUAUUCUCUCCACAGAUCUUCUGAGCAAAUUCACGGUUCAUCGGGUGCCGGCUUUACUACUGCCCCUACAAAUGAGAGCUCUAAUGGUGUCUCAAAGCUGUCUGACCCGGCUUCAGAAGCUGGACGUGUUUAUGAAGAUCGCCGAAUCCAUCAAGGACAAGCUAGAGAAGCGACUUAUAUGCCAGAUUCGCAGGCUUUUGGACAUCGUCAUCGCACCUUUGAUUCUUAUGGGGCCUCCAGAAGAAGCAUCUAUGCCGAUGACUUCCGCGGUCAUGUGCAAACAACUGGUCCCGUGGAUUCUCUUCCUGGAGCAACUAAUGAACAACUUCGACACCACUCAAGCAGGGAAGUAA